GCGCGGGGAGAUGCGAGAGAGCAGCGCGACGAGUCGCGGGGGUGGUUCAACCGAGGGGACCGAUGGGAUGAGUCACGAGGGCGAUAUGACUCGGGGGACCGCCGGAAUGAUUCGCGAGGGCGGUAUGAGCAAGGAGGGUUUGGAGGAGACCGCCGCAACGAUUCCCGCGGUCGGAAUGAGAGGGGGAUAUGGCGUCUCAUCAGAACCAUAUCCCAAGUCGCCUGACCCCAGGGCAGCCAGGAGUUCGAUCUCUAGAAGCGCAGACGACAGACCAUCUACUCCCAGGAACUCAUGCGUCUACCGUAGAGGAGAAGAUCAUAUCAAGAGGGAUCGCCCGGACCUCAAACGGGCAAUAGAUGAGGGACUUGUCGUGCUUGACGACCGCAAGUACGUCAAGUGGGCAGAUGGUCUGGGAGAUGCAUCGAUGUUCCCUUCGAUGAAGGAGAAUGUCGAAGCAAGGAGAGUAAAGCCUAGUAAAGAAAAGGAGCCGGUCAGGAUCCAGAGCAUCAAGAUAACCUUUGAGGGGGAUAUGGCGACCACACCCAUAAGGGUGGCAGCCACCAAGUCGGCGAGAGGGUCUACAUCGAAGAAGACUGACACGGAUUACGUGAUGGCGGAGAAGGACGAGCAGCGGGUCGAUGGAGAGGAGGUUAUCCUUUCGCCGCGAAAGAGGGGACUGAAGAAGUUCUUAAUGAAGAGUUCGCUGGACGAGAUUGACACGGUCGAGCCACUGAGGCGGGCCCUUCAGCAACCCAUGCAGUGCUUUAUGCUGGAGUACCUGCCGGCAUCGAAGCCGGCUCAUGAUGAGUUACAGAUGAUCACGCGGAAGACUCGCAUACCUCUAUCGGAGGAGGGACAGGGGGCCCCUAAGGCGGAAGCUUCUACAGUAGCAAUAACGGGGGUGACUGCCAGAGCGGAUCGCAUGGCGACAGUCCUUCUCGAUGGAAUGGAAGRUGUGCCUCCAGACAAGUUUUAUAUACUUGGUAGCGGGGCCGUGGAGACGAUUAUAAACGAUGGAGCCGUACUCGAUGCUGUGAUCGAUAACGGCAGUGAGGCUGUCGUCAUAGACGAGGACGUGGCAGUACAGGUUGGACUGGGCCUCGAUAGGUCAUACCUAUUCGAGAUAGAGACGGCUGAUGGGAGAAAGCAACAGAUCACUGGGGUUUGUCACAAGGCAGCCAUAGAGGUCCAAGGGGUACGAGUGACCCUGCCUGUCUUUGCAGUCAAGAACUGCAGCUCCGACCUGCUCUUGGGUCGAACGUGGCUGAGCCACGUGCAUGCGGUGACGAUAGAGCGACCUGAUGGGAGCCAAACAUUGUCCAUUAAGAAGCCAGACAGGACGCGGGUAAUGAUUGAGACAGUGGAGCCUCGGGACCCGAGGAACAGAGCAGCUCUCGCUGUGGGUGCGAGACCCAGUGAUCAGAUUAAGUCGUUACCUAUCUUCGGCCGCGCGGUGCGAUUUCGCGAGAAGAAAUAUGGACCACUUCUCACAGAGGAAGAAGGUCGGAUCGUGGAGGUGGAAGAUUUAGGGAGUCGGCUAAUAGUGGACGGCAACUCGUACCCAAAGGAAAAAGAUGAGGAAUUUGGCGGGCCAGUAAACAAGGAUGAGGCAGAGGUUAAACCUGGAGUUAGAAGAUUCGUCGAGCAGCACCUAACGGAUAUUUGUGCGGUACUCGAGCAGCUGGACGAUGCGAAUCUAACAGUCAGUGGAACAAAGAGCCGAUGGGCCGUCUCGACUAUUAAGAUCUUGGGCUUUAUCUGUGACUCGAGGGGACGCCGAGCAGAUCCGGCGAAGUUAGACAAACUUCUGAACUGGCCGUCACCAUUACAUAGUCCAACCGAGUUCCGGCAGUUUUUGGGAGUGGUCGGUUAUGCGGAGAAGGCUGAGCCAUUGAGACUACUCCUUCGAAAAACUGAGAAAUUCUACUGGGAUUCCUCGCAGGAACUCGCUAUGCAAGAGCUUAAAGAUGAAUUUAAGGAGGGAGGACGCGUACUGGGCGUGCCGUUCUUUGAUGAUGAGGCUGGGAGACCCUUCAUAGUAGCCACGGAUGCUGGACCUUGUUCGGUAGGAGGGUUGCUGUCUCAGAAGGACGCUGAAGGGAAGGAAAGACCAUUAAGAUUUGAGAGUAGGACACUUAAUACGGCAGAGCGAAACUACAGUCAAUUCAAGAAGGAAGUAUUAGCUGUUCUGCGGUGGUUGGUGGAUAUGGCGGUAGAGGUGGUAGGAGUGGAGGAGGUCGGCGGGGGGGUGUUGCUAGAGGAGGCUGUGGAGGUUGGAGUGGUUUGCACUGUGGAGGUUGGAGUAGUUUGCACUGUGGGGGUUGGUGUGGUUUGCACUGUGGGGGUUGGAGUGGUUUGCGUGGUGGUGACGACCGUGAUGGGGGGGGUGGUCCCUUCGAGCGUGGUGACGCGGUCGCAUAAGGAUGACACGUUGGCCUUUAUGUCGUCGAGAGAGGCGGUGACGGAGUUGAGUGCGUGGAGGAUGGCAGAGAGGUCGGCGGUGGCGGUGUUUGCUGGUGGUUGUUCGCCGGCGAGGUUGCGGGCGAUGCCAUCGACUGAGUCGGUGCGGAUGUCAGACAUGUUGAUGGAGGAUGCGGCCAUGUCGGGGGAAGAGGGGGUGGAGGACGUGGCCUGAACCGGGGUGGAAGAUGCAGCAGCAGCGGUGGCGGCGGCGGCAACACGUUGGGAGUUCUAGGUUUGGCGUGGUGGCAUGUGGAGGGUGGGGGGGGGGGGAAUCCCUUAUUUAUUCAAAAAUAAAGAUAAUCGCCAAAAUUUUUCAAAAAUAAAAUAAUAAUAAUAAUAAUAAAAUAAAUAAAUAAAUAGAAUAAAUUCUGAUUUAAAUU